CGAACACUUUUUUGUGCUUGAAUCAGAAUUGCCACGAAGAGCAGAAUUUGUUUAGUGCCUGAUUAAAUUAAUUACAAAAUUAUAUUUUAAAGACAAACACUAAUAAAAGCCAAGCGCGAUGGGCUCGAGUCAAAGCGUGCAUAUACCUGGCGGUGGCACCGAAGGCUACCACGUACUUAAAGUCCAGGACAAUUCACCGGGCCAGAAGGCCGGCUUGGAGGCAUUCUUCGACUUUAUCGUGGCCAUAGCAGGCACCCGUCUCGAUCAAGACAACGAUAUGCUGAAGGAGUUGCUUCGGCAGAAUGUCGACAAGGCAGUGCGACUGACAGUAUAUUCGAGCAAAACGCAAACGGUACGGGAACUAACGUUAACGCCCAGCAACAACUGGGGUGGUCAAGGCUUACUAGGAGUUAGCAUACGGUUCUGUUCGUUCGAGGGCGCUAACGAGAGUGUCUGGCACAUACUGGAGGUGCAUCCGAACUCGCCGGCCGAGCUAGCUGGCCUGCGCGCCUAUAGCGACUAUGUAAUUGGCGCCGACGCGAUACGCCACGAGAAUGACGACCUCUUCACGCUGAUCGAGAUGCACGAGCAGCAGCCGCUGAAGAUGUACGUCUAUAAUCUUGACGACGAUGCCUGCCGUGAGGUGACGAUCAAGCCAAAUACUGCCUGGGGUGGUGAGGGCGCACUUGGUUGUGGCAUUGGCUAUGGCUAUCUGCAUCGCAUUCCUGUUCAACCCGCUCCACCAGCACCAACGGCAUCCACAGCAGCUGCGCCCGUAGCUGCGACCGGAGCCGCAACUACGAUAGGUGCUCCAACAGUGGCCGCAGCGAGUGCCGUCGUGGCACCAACGCUUCCAUAUAUACCGCCACUGGCAAAUACGUUCGGCUCAACAAAUGCCGAAAUAAAGCCGCCAACUAUUGAUCCUCCGGCACAGAGCCUUUUUAAGGCCUAUUUCAAUCCUGAUGAUGGAUCGGAUCCAGUUACAGCAGCUCUAGAAACACAAAGAGGUGCCGAUGGGCAGUCUUCUGCCGUUGCAGCCUCCCCAUCUGAAAUAAUUUCACCACCACCGCCUGCAGAAACAGCUGCAGCAACCGCAGUCACUGUCGCCGCGCCAGGACCCAUUGCUACACCGGUUGUUGCAGAUGCUCAGCCCGUUCCACCACCAGCUAACAUCUUUAUACCCGGCGUUUAUGAUCCCACACAGUACGGCGUGAGCACAAAUGUGAAUGUCGGCGGCAUACCCGCCGCCCAACUGCCCUAUCCCGAAGCCACAGCGGCAACAUUGCCGCCGCCACCCGUGCCCAUGUUCUCGACUGCAUCGAUGCCGCAGCAACAGCCCUACAUGACGUCACCUAUGGCGCUUUCCUAUCCCGCUGCCCCUACCGUGGCAUCCUAUCCCCAAGUGCAACCUUCGAUGGGCGGACUGUUUCCCACGCAGCCAACCCCUAUGCCUCCUCAAAUGAUGCACAUGUUCGCGCCUCCGCCGUCGCAAUCGCCGCAGUCUCAGCCGCCACAAGUGCACAACAGUGAGGCUGUGGCAACAACUCAAGCCAAUUAGAUAGCUGUGGACCAAUAACUAAGGAUUCCGUUAUUCGCGCUUUAGACAAAACGUUAUAUCGUUAAGUUUUUCUGAUUAUUAUUAACAAUGACCUCCCUUUUUGUCUCAAUUGCUAAUUUGAUACUAUUAUAUAUGCAAUAAAUAAAAAUAUGUAUGUACAUUUUAAAACUCAUAUAUAUUCACAAUUGUGUAAAGAUAAAAAUUUGGUUGUCCUUUGAUUUGUUUCAUAUGUACCUACACUUUUAUAUACUUAUCUAUAUUUAUCAUCGAAUAGUUACCAAAAUUGACAACAUUUUUAUACAGGAUCUUUAUAUAUCAUAUAGCCCGAAACGUCGGUCGGCUGGCCGAGCAUGCAAGAAUAUAUGUAAAGCGAAACGUACACGAAAUAAAUGAAUAUCACAAAA